AUGAGUGGUUCGGUCUCUUCACCCUUGAAGACAGCACAUCGUCCUUUGGAUGCUGAUUCCGAGCUAAAAGCUGCCUUGGCAGAGCUUUGUGGCCUGAAUCUAGACAUAAAUGUGCAUCUAAAGGUUGCAGAUGCAUUAAAGGAUGCUUCGAUCGGGCGAUUUGGGCCACUUGCAAGACUGAUGUUGCCCGUCUUGCAUUUAAGAAGAAGAAUCCGAGAUAGUGCACUUUUUGGCAGGGAUUAUGUGCUUGAGCUGAUAAAUGACCAUCGAGAUAGAAUUAUCGAGAAUAUGCACAUUCAUGUGCCCCUGUUCCUACAGUUGUGCGACCUCUUGGUUGAGCGUGGGUACUGGCACGCAUAUCCUUUUCAGAGGGUUAGGAUUCAUGAAUCCGUUGCUCUGGCACUAAUGUGCUUGAGCCAUGAUGAGCGGCAUCGGGCUUUAGCCGAGUGCUUCCAGCAUUCAAUAGAGACAAUUGACCGGCAUGUACGUAGAGUUCUCCGAGCAUUGGUGCGACUUAAUCGUGAUUUCGUUAGGCCAAGAACAUUGAAUUGUAUUGGAGCUUUAGAUGGAACCCACAUAUCCGCUUGGUGUCGAGCAGAGAUAAGAGAGCGGUUCAAAAAUAGGCACGGUGGGUUAUCUCAAAAUGUGAUUGCAGUUUGCGAUCAUGAUAUGCGAUUUGUCUACAUUCGAGUCGGUUGGGAAGGCAGUACACACGACACUAGAAUUCUCCAAGACACAUUGCUUGAUCCAAAUUUUGGGUUUCCAACGCCAACUCAGGGAAAAUAUUAUAUGGUGGAUGUUGCCUACACUAACAUACCUGGGUUCAUGGCACCAUUUAGGGCUGCUCGGGGCACGCAGCAUGAGCGGGCAGCUAAAGUUUUAUUCAACCGGCGACACGCUUCUAUUAGAAAUAUUAUUGAACGAACUUUUGGGGUUCUUAAGAAGCGUUUUCCAAUACUCAAAGGCCCAAUGCAAAACUACCUUAUAGCAACUCAAAACAACAUUGUGCUUGCAUGUUGUAUUCUGCACAAUUUCAUGAGAGAUUAUGUGCCCAACGAUGAGUACUUCAAUCAAGAAGUUGCCCUCGGAGCCCUUGCAAAUGCACAGGAAGAAGGGAAUCAAAUCCAUGGAGCCCAAUCCAUCAAUGUGUCGCAAUAG